UGAAAACCUUUUUCUGUCGCGUGCAGCACUGCCAGCAAAACAAGCAUUUUUUAUAGCCGCGUGCUGAAGCGCAGAGCUGUCAUUUUGUGUUUAACAAGCGGUUGUUAACUGUAGAGUAGAAUUCUGACAUGUAUAACUUUGUCAUUGUGUCGGUAUCUCGGUAGCUCACACUUCAACACUGGACGGUUGUGGGAAAGUUCCUUAUUUUGGACACUUUGAACCAAUCGCUGAAAGGUUAAAGGGACUUUAACCAAUGGCAACACUGGAGGAGCUGAACCCGGAUCUCUUAUACUUUUGAACUUUAAUGAAACGAGAGCCUCCUGCUCUCACUCCACCACACACCAGCACGCUUGGAAGCAGAGCUGCAAUGGCCAAGUGGCUGAAAGACUACCUGAGCUUUGGCAGCAGGAAGGUGCCUCCGCAGCCGCCCACACCAGACUACACAGAGAGCGAGAUCCUUAAAGCCUACCGGCUCCAGAGGGACCUGGACUUCGAGGAUCCCUACGAGGACUUAGAAAACAGGUCCAGGGGCGACUCUGUGACUUCUGACCCCGCUACACCUGUGUAUGGGUCUCCCAUGAAGUCAUCCAGUGUGGAUGGAAAAUCUCCCAAACACAGACUGAUCAAAGUGGACUCCCAGGAGCUGGGGCGUACCAAGAUCCUCCUCAGUGCCGUCUCUUUAGAGGACCAGCAAGAGCCUGUGGUGCCGUCUGCUCCGUUGGCAGGCGACACAGAUUAUUCGGACCCAUUCGAUGCUCGCUUGGACCACAGGCCAGAACCAGAUGUCAGACCUGUUCCCUGCGAGAACAAUGGCUACAUGGAACCGUAUGAGGCCCAGAGGGUCAUAACAGAGCUGCAGCGUGGUCCAGGAGGAGGAGGAGGAGGAGGAGGAGGAGGAGGAUGGUCCCGGGGUGGGGUGCAGCUCUACGACACCCCCUAUGAAGAUGUGCGAGGCCAGCGCCUGGGACUGUUGUAUGGAGAACCUCAGGAGGAGGGCAAGGAGAGCAGCAGGCUGCCGCAAGAUGAUGAGAGACCGGCUGACGAGUAUGACCAGCCAUGGGAAUGGAAAAAGGAUCACAUCUCCAAAGCUUUUGCAGAAAUGAGGGAGUUGUCGGAGUUGCCCUGGCCUGCCCCAGUGGGUCAGCUGGAGGAGGAGCCCCCCGUCAGAGAGCAAGUGCAGUUUGAUGGCGCGGAGUGGGACCGCUCCUCGUCCCCCACUGAGCGGUUGCGUCCUCCGGGGCCCAGGUCCAGCCCGCUGGCAGGAGGGGGAAUGAAGUUUCGAAUGCAGCAGGAAGGCCUCGCCUUGGUUGGGGAGAGAGUGGACCCUACGCUGCCUCUGGAGAAGCAGGUAUGGUACCACGGUUCACUGUCGCGUUCGGAGGCAGAGUCGCUGCUAAUGCUGUGUAAAGAGUGUAGCUACCUGGUGAGAAACAGUCAGACCAACCGCUCUGACUACUCCCUGUCCUUACGGAGCUGCCAGGGUUUCAUGCACAUGAAGUUCACCCAGUACAAAGAUGGCAAGUACGUGCUGGGACAGAACAGCCCUCCCUUUGACACCAUCCCAGAAGUCGUCCACUUCUACACCACACACAAACUCCCGAUCCGAGGUGCCGAGCAUCUGUCUCUGCUGUUCCCCGUGCUGGUGCAGACACUCUGACGCUCCUCCUGGACUUCCAGGACGUCAUUGUGAUCGGACAUGUUAACACUUGAAUGUUUGAUGGGAUCUUCCCAGUGGAGAGAGCCAGUUCUCUCUUCUUGUUGGACUGGACUACUUGAUGAUUCUACACACCAGGGGCUAAUGUCAUCACCCACCACUGCUGUUGUACCUGUGCCAAGUGUCUCUAACAUCCGGGGGAUCGAUUCACAUGAAAUGCAAUACCUGAACUUGAGGCUACCUUUCCUGUAACUCCUCUCUCUCAUCUCGCUCUCGCUGAACCGAAGGGGCUGACUUCAGGACAUGUGGAAUUCUCCCUUUCUUUAUUACAUUUCUUACACAGCUGACUGAAAUGCAGAGGAAGUUAGCAGAGCUGUACCGGGGAGAAAGUCUGUAUAUUGUGAAUGUACUGAUGCUCCAGGAGACAUGCAGGAGAUUUAGAUUUAAUUACUGCUGUUCCACAAAAAAAAAAAAAACACCUCAUUGACACUGGUAAAAAAAAUAUUGCUGUUAGGUUAAAACCUUGCGAGUCAUAGUUUGCAGAUUUUUCAUGUUUAUAUGAAUCAAUAAAUUCAAUUGUACUGUAUAAGAUAAGAAACCUUUUUCAUCCUCAGGCUUGGGAGACUGUUGGAAAAUUCACGUUUUCAAUUAAAAAACACACAAAAAACAAUGCUAUUUUCAAAGAUAUAAGGUUUUUACCAACAGCAGUUAUAUUUCAGAUGCUUUUCUACACAAAGCCACACCUGCUCAUUUUCGCUCCGUCUGUCAUGCUGCUGUACGUCGAGGAUCUGCUUGACACAUCUCCAUGUUACUUGUUGAUUGUCCAUCAACAGAUUGUGUUGUAUUGGUACUUGUAUUGACCUGUAUCUGUUGUUGGUUGCUUACCUUGCAUUUGGUAGACAAUGCUGGGUUUGUGUAAAAAAAAAAAAAAAAAAAUAAAAAAACUGUCACUGCUUUUCACGCUUGGAAGCUGAGCUGUAGGCUACAUCUGAAGCAAAGAAUCAGGAAAAACUGAACACUCUCAAACAAACUCUCAAACUUUGUGACUGUUGGCAGUUUCUCACACUUCCUACAUAUUUGAGCGCAGAUUUUCGGCUAGCCAAGUCACUACUUGCUCGUUGGUGAGUUGUAUUUGAGUUAAAUCCUUGCCAUCUGGAAUGGGUUCCCAUGUCUGCUGCCUGGUUGCAGCAUUGUGUGGCAAAAACAGAUUUUAGAGGAGAGCCAACAUCUACCAAACAAAUUUGUGACUAUUGGAAAUGAUUUAAAUCAUUGCUGCUUAAUCUGAAAUUGACUGGGUUUUAUUCAUUAUUAUUUUGGGCAUUUUCUGUCAAAAUAAAAGAUGAUGGGAUGUUUAAUUUA